AUGGAAAAAUGUGACGAUUAUAGCACCUUUGGGGAUCCUAGUUUCUAUCAAAAGCCUAUCAAAGAAAUACAGGAGAAAUGGAAACUCGUGCCCGCAUUUUUAAAAAUCAGAGGCUUAGUGAAGCAGCACAUCGAUUCUUUUAAUUAUUUUAUAUCGGUAGACAUUAAAAAAAUCGUCGAAGCGAAUAAUAAAGUCGUUUGUGAUGCUGAUCCACUUUUCUACAUUAAAUACACGAAUGUACAAGUGGGAACUCCCGAUGUAGACGAAGGUUUCAACAUAAGUAAAUCAACUACACCACACGAAUGUAGAUUAAGAGACAUGACCUACUCGGCUCCGAUUACAGUUGAUAUUGAGUACACGAGAGGAACACAAAGGGUUUCGAAAACAGGUCUUUUAAUAGGAAGAAUGCCUAUUAUGCUGAAAUCUUCUAAUUGCGUACUUAACGGCAAAUCCGAGUACGAAUUAGCCAAAAUGAACGAAUGCCCGUUAGAUCCGGGCGGCUACUUCGUUGUCAAAGGCCAAGAAAGGGUUAUAUUAAUUCAAGAGCAAUUAACCAAAAAUAGAAUGAUCGUAGAAGAAGGCAAAUACGGUAUCCAGUGUCAAGUAACCAGUUCUACGCAAGAGAAAAAAUCCCGAACCAACGUUUUCGUCAAAGGGAAUAAAUAUUUCAUGGGUCACAAUACGUUCGCUGAUCCAAUUCCAAUUUCUAUAGUCUUCAAAGCGUUGAACGUGAUAAACGAUCAGGAGAUAUGCGAGUUAAUAGGGAUUUCGGAUGUGCACAAGUUAAUACCCACUCUAGAGGAAUGCCACAAUUUAAAAAUUUACACGCAGGAAUCCGCUCUGAUGUAUUUAGGCUCGAAAUUAGUUGCGAAACGCUUCGUUACUUCUGCAUACAAAAUCAAAACCCCUGCCGAUGAAGCUAGAGAUUUAUUAGCGACGACUGUACUUGCACAUGUUCCCGUUGAAGAAUACAACUUUAGACUUAAAGCCAUUUACGUAGGUUUAAUGGUUAAAAAAGUAAUAGAAGCCCAAACGGACAGCAAUUUAUUAGACGAUAGAGAUUACUACGGUAAUAAAAGAUUGGAACUAGCCGGCUCGCUGAUUUCUCUAAUGUUCGAGGACGUCUUCAAAAGGUUCAAUUGGGAAUUGAAAGCCAUCGCUGAGAAAACCAUUCCGAAAAUUAGGGCAACUCAAUUCGAUGUCGUGAAAUAUAUGCGAUCGGAUUUGAUCACCAGUUGUUUGGUAUUCGCCAUAUCGACUGGGAAUUGGACGAUCAAACGUUUCAGAAUGGAGAGAUUAGGGGUUACGCAGGUGCUGUCGAGGCUCAGUUAUAUUUCAGCAUUGGGAAUGAUGACUAGGGUGAAUUCGCAGUUCGAAAAAACCAGGAAAGUGUCUGGUCCUCGAUCGCUGCAACCCAGCCAAUGGGGUAUGUUGUGUCCCAGUGAUACGCCAGAAGGAGAGGCUUGUGGUUUGGUGAAGAAUUUAGCCCUUAUGACGCACAUAACUACGGAAGUCGACGAAUACCCGUUGAUUAGAUUGGCCCGAAACUCUGGCGUACAAGACAUCAACAUGGUGGCCAGUUUUGCCAUUCACUCGCCUUCGACUUACAUCGUUUUCCUCAACGGAAACAUAUUGGGAAUCACUAAAAAUUUCAAAAAACUGAUCGACAUAUUCCGAAUGACCCGCAGAAAGGGCUACAUAUCGGGCUACGUUUCCAUCUACCCCAAUCAUUCGCACAAAAGCAUUUACAUCAGUUCGGAUAACGGCAGGUUGUGCAGACCUUACAUAAUAGUGCGCAACGGGAUUCCUUUAGUCACCGACAAACACAUCAGGGAGCUGGAAAAGGGAAUAAGAGGGUUCGAGGAUUUCCUGCAAGACGGUUUGAUCGAAUUCCUGGACGUAAACGAAGAAAACGACAGCUUCAUAGCCUGCUACGAGCACGACGUGUCCGUCAGGACCACUCACCUGGAAAUCGAACCGUUCACUUUGUUGGGCGUUUGCGCCGGGUUAGUGCCGUACCCCCAUCACAACCAAUCGCCGCGGAACACCUACCAGUGCGCCAUGGGCAAACAGGCCAUGGGCACCAUCGGCUACAAUCAAAAGAACCGCAUGGACACGUUGCUGUACAAUCUCGUCUAUCCGCAGGCUCCGAUGGUCAAGACGAAAACCAUCGAGCUGACGAAUUUCGAUAAACUGCCGGCCGGCCAGAACGCCACGAUAGCCGUGAUGAGUUACAGCGGUUACGACAUAGAGGACGCUUUGAUAUUGAACAAGGCCUCCAUCGAUAGGGGAUUCGGACGUUGUUUGGUCUAUAAGAAUUCCAAAUGCAUCAUGAAGAGGUACACCAAUCAAACGUACGAUAGGAUCCAGGGACCCAUGGUGGACGUGGUAACGGGCAAACCCAUGUGGAAGCAUUCUUGCUUGGAUAACGAUGGGAUCAUCGGUCCAGGGGAAUUGGUGCAAAAUAGACAAGUACUGAUCAACAAAUCGGUUCCUACCGUAUCAACCGUGCACGGUACUACGAAUACAUCGGUAGAGUACAAGGAAACUCCCAUUACUUACAGAAACGACGAGCCGAGUUACAUCGAAAAGGUGCUGAUAAGCACCAACGAGGAGGACACGACUUUGUUGAAAAUCCUGCUCAGGCAAACGAGGAAGCCCGAAAUCGGCGAUAAGUUCAGCUCGAGGCACGGACAGAAAGGCGUCGUGGGACUGAUAGUGGAACAAGAGGACAUGCCCUUUAACGAGUACGGUAUCUGUCCGGAUAUUAUCAUGAACCCGCACGGGUUUCCAUCGAGAAUGACCGUGGGGAAAUUAAUAGAAUUGCUGGCGGGAAAAGCCGGAUUGGUCGAAGGGAAAUUCCAUUACGGCACCGCCUUCGGGGGAUCCAAAGUGAAGGACGUGAGCGAAGAGUUGGUGAGAAACGGCUUCAACUACCAGGGGAAGGAUUUAUUUUAUUCGGGUAUCACUGGAGAACCUUUGGAAAUGUACAUUUAUUCCGGUCCGGUUUAUUAUCAAAAAUUGAAGCACAUGGUGCAAGAUAAAAUCCACGGAAGAGGUCGAGGUCCAAGAGCUGUGCUAACUAGGCAACCCACCGAAGGCAGAAGCAGAGACGGGGGUUUGAGAUUGGGCGAAAUGGAGCGUGAUUGCCUCAUAGGAUACGGCGCAAGCAUGAUGCUAGUGGAGCGCCUGAUGGUAUCGAGCGACAUUUGCGACGUGGACGUUUGCAAUAAAUGCGGCCUUUUAGGCUACUGCGGCUGGUGCAACAGCUGCAAAAGUUCAGCGCAAGUUUCGAGCAUAACGAUGCCCUACGCCUGUAAAUUAUUGCUCACAGAACUGCAGUCGAUGAAUAUCACCGCUAGAUUGACUCUAACCCACUAUUGCGAAUGA